CACAUUUUCAGCAUCCUUCAUGAAAUUGACGAAAGCAAACGUCAAAAUGUUUCAUUUCUUAAAUCGCAGCUCAAAGGGGCCGUUGUGGGAACUAUGUUCCCGACCAUUUUUGGCCAAUUUAAGCGUGACAACAUGCUCACAAAUCGCUAUUUCCUUUGCACAGAAUGUGUCGAUGUCCAGAUGUCAGAGAUAUGCGGUGUAUGUUGUGCGGGGCGACUGACUUUGUGUUAUAGAACUUCUGUGGAAUAUCUUAUUUAUUGUAAAGAAGUGGGCCACUGUCGUAGCCGCUGCAGGACAUCUUUCUGGAAGGCUCUGUGGAACGUCUUUCCUCCAAGCUGCUCUUUAAAGAGGCCAAAUAAAUGCAUGCAAGAUUCUUACGACAAUGACGAUGACUCCGACUGGGACGAGGCCGACGAAAUGGAAGGGGAAGCGUCCACCGUUCUCUGCUUGUUCUGUACUUUGACAUUUCCGUCCCCGGAGCACGUCUUCCAGCACUGUGCCUCGGAGCACAACUUCGAUAUUAUAUCACUGUCAUGGAAAUUCAAGUGCGACUGUUUAUACUACAUUGGGCUCAUUAACUACAUCAGGGAGCAUAGACCUGAUCCGGAAUACAUACUUCGCUACGAUGACACUGGUUCACCGUGGGAUGAGGCACCGUGGAAGGAUUCAAAAUAUCUAAGGCCGUUCUUACAGGAUGACAUGCUGCUUACAUAUGACAUAGAAGGCCUGAAGGAUUGCAGUGAUUUGUCAAACUCGGUCGUUGUGAGCCGGGAAGAAUACCAGCAAUUACAGAGUCGCCUCUUAAGUGCAGAGGAAACUAUUAAAGAUAUGAGGAAAACAGCUGCUGUGUUCCUUCAAGACGGUCCUACGUCAACCAGCAGUUUUCCAACAGUUGGGAGUCUUAGAGUUGAAGAAGAUGAACCCUACUUUGAAUCAUACGCUCACUUUGGAAUCCAUCACGAGAUGUUAAUGGAUGCCCCUCGUACAGAAGCCUACAGAGAUGCAAUGAAAAUGAAUGCGAAGUCCUCCAUAGAAGGGAAGAUAGUUCUUGAUGUCGGCUGUGGAACAGGAAUACUGUCUAUGUUUGCAGCUGAAUGCGGAGCCAAGGAAGUGUUUGGCGUUGAUCAAUCAGAGAUUGCUUACAGUGCCCUUGGUAUAGUCAGAGAAAACAACCUGGAGAAAAAAGUGAGCAUUUUGAAGGGAAGACUAGAGGAUGUGGACCUUCCCCAUGAUGAAGUGGACAUUAUCGUCUCGGAAUGGAUGGGAUACUUCCUUCUGUUUGAAGGCAUGAUGGACACUGUCCUAUAUGCCAGGGAUAAAUAUCUCAAACCUGGAGGACUAAUACUACCAGACAUCUGCAACAUGUUUCUUGUGGCACUUAAUGACACAGCUAUACAUGGCAAACUUGUCAAGUGCUGGGACAAUAUGUGGGGGUUCAAAAUGAACUGCAUGAAGCAGGAGGUGGUCACAGAGGCACAAGUAACAUCUGUCCCACCCGAGGGGGUCUGCUCAAAGCCAGUGAUAAUCAAGACAUUGGACCUCAACACAUGUAAUCCAGCAGACUGCAACUUCUCGGCCGAGUUUGACCUUGAAAUCACUGGGGCCGCUACAGAAAUCACAGCAUUGGCUGGAUAUUUCGAUUGCCAUUUCAGUUUGCCCUCACCUGUCAUUCUCAGCACCUCUCCUCAUGCAAAGCCAACACAUUGGCAGCAGACGGUGUUUCUCUUUGAGAAACCAAUAGCUGUCACAGCAGGUGCUCUGAUUCACGGAAGUAUAGACUGUAGACGAGACCCCAGACGACGGCGGGAACUAUCUGUCACUAUAUCAGUAAACGAUCAUCGGUACCCUAGCUAUCACCUUCGGUGAUUAGUUGUGAUUUGCUUUCGGCAUUCGGUGUUUGGUUACGCUAAUUGGUCAUCAAAUUGCAGUGAUGGCUUAAUUUAUAUGCAAAAUUAGUGGUCACGAUGUUGCUCAUAUGAUUUGAGAUCUGGUAUAUCGAUGCUGGUGAUAAGGGCUAAUUUCACAGGUGAUUCUGUGCACCUAAAAUGCCUAAAAUUGCACCUACUUUGAUGAGCACUAAUCAAUAGCCACCAUUUGGUAGCUCUGGACAUUUUCAGGAAAGUAGUCUCCUUAUAGAAGGUAUGCAGCAUGGAGACAGCUGAAAAGAGAAUGGACGAGUGCUUGCCUUUUCAUAGUUUACCUCAUCCUUAGGAUGGUUAAGGUAUCAUACCUUUCUGUCCUUGUGACUUUACAAUAAAACAAUACAUUGCAAACCAAACAAUUUGCGUCCC